AUGGAUGUCUCUGGUAUAAAUACAGAUCUCCACUCAAUAGAUGUACCAGACUCCAGCAUCAGCACCGACAUAUGGACAAGUUUGAUGGAGAUGUUAGCUGCAACUGGGAAGGAGUUUGUGGUGCUCACAGCCGAGAAGAAGUGCAGAGAAGGCGCCACAUUUGGCUCCACCCUGGGUACUAUGUUCCUUGAUGGAAACUCAGAGAUAUUAACAAAUUUUAUUGAUUUCUGUGCUGAAAACUAUAACCUGGCUGAUAGAGUUAAAGUUUCUGAUGAUACCUACAACACUGAGAAUAAAUAUCUUGAUAAAGUUGAUAAUGAAGAUCACUAUCACAACUCGGACCCUGUAGUCAAGCAUCUCAAUGACAAGGAUUUCAAACCUGGAGAUGACAAUGAUCUUGACAAAACAAGUGAAGAACUUCCAACAGGCAGAAUACCAGAUAACAAAACAGAAAUUGCUGGUGAUGUUGUGGUCAGUCUUAAUUUGAAUAAUUCUCCUGUUGGGGAUGUGAAAGUCGGCAGUAAGAGUGACGAAGAAAAUCAGUUAGAUGAAAAAGGAAAACAGAAUAUAAAUACAACUAAAGACAACAAAAGGAAAUCAGAGAGUGAGAAGCCAUCUAAAGUAAAAUCCAACAAAGUGCAAAAUGGUAGAAGGACGGAAAAGCAGAAGGAAGCCUGUGAUAAAACAAAGAAAGUAGACAAUGGAGACGAAACGGGGAAUAAUAUCAGAAGAUCAAGACGAAUUGCUGGAGCCAAGAACCCUAAGGUUGGUAAUAGGACGAGACAUGCCGGUAGACAUAGUAGGAAAAGGGUUGUCCCUGAUAGAUCUUGUCUAGACAUUGACAGUGUCGAGGAUGGAGAGAAUAUCAAGGAUGGAGACGAUACAUGCAUUGAGUGUCCUGCUUGUGGUAAUUUCUCCACAAACCAGGACAGUUUUGUUAAACAUGUUUUAUCUGAUCAUCAGCUUGAAAACAAAAGCAGAAGUAACUCAAAGAAAAUUUCUUGGACAAUGGAUAGCAAAAAAUGUCCAGUCUGUGGUCAGUUUGCAGAGUCUGAAGGUGUGAAUUCUCAUAUUUUUGUUCAUUGCUUUGAUGUGCUGAAGUAUCCUUGCAAUAGAUGUCCGCUAGUGUUUUUAAAAAUGAAUAAACUUAUUGAACACCAAAAGAAAAACCACAAGAGUGUUGGCAUGGACGCAACAGAAUCAAAUAGUGACAACAAAGAGGAAACUAUGUCUGAUCAGUUUAACAGUCAGGAUGGUGACUUAAAGUUCACCUCUCAAGUACAACUUCAGAAAGGUAAGCUCACUCAUGGCAACAACAAAUCAGGAAAACUAGACUUGGAAUGUCAGGUGUGUUUUUUGCAUUUCAAAACACAGGUGUCAUAUCAACGGCAUAUGAAGAGUCACAUGGAUGUAGAUGGUAACAUUAGCAAGUGUACUGUCUGUGAAGUGACGUUUAGUAAGACAGAAGAUCUACAAAAACACAUGUUGUCUCACCAAGCAGAUGACAAUAAACAAUACAAGUGUGAAAUUUGUGAAAAGUUGUUUAAAUCCCGCAGUGGCAGAAGAAUGCACAAAAUAUUUUCACAUGGGGACAAAGGACUGAGUAAGUACGGGAAGAAUAAAUUUGAGUGUAGGUUCUGUGGGGGAGUCUUGGGUACUUAUCACACAUUAAUGCGACAUGAAGCAAGACAUGAACAGGACAAUGAAAGUCAGAUACAGAAAAUGGGAAGUCUCAUGGAGAUGGCUACAUGUAAGUCAGUAUCAGUCGAAGAAUUACGUGUAAAGGAAACAAGUUCCCUAACUGAAACAGAUAAAGAUGAUGUUUUUAAAAUAGCUAGCUCAGAAACAGAUACAGGUAGUAAAGUAGAGUCUGUAUCAGAACCCAACAAUGGCAGCAAUGAGAAUUCAUUUAAUGCAAAAAAUAUUGAAGAGGAAACCAGCUCUGAAUUAAGCAAUCGAAAUUGUGAGGACACAGUUGCUGCAGAUGACGAAGAAACAGACCAGGUGAACUCAGAUGAAAAGAAAAAACGCAAAUUUGAGUGUAAAGUAUGCAAAUUAGAUUUUAAAUCUCAACAGUUUUUGAAAGAGCACAAGAAGAUUCAUGCCAUUUCUGGAAAGUCUCCUUAUGCCUGUGACUUGUGUGGAAAAAUAUUCCUGAGAUCCUUGUCUCUUUACAAGCACCGACAGCUUCAUGACACAUCAGGUAAAUUCACAUGCAAAACUUGCUUGAAGCAGUUCAACUCUAUAGAAAGUUUACGCAGGCAUGCAAAGAACCACCUUGAUGUGAAACCGUAUAUCUGUACCGUUUGUGGUAAAGGAUGUACAGAGAAACGGAAUCUUGAUACUCAUAUGUUAGUUCAUACUCAGAGAAAAGAAUUCAUUUGUGAAGUUUGUGGCAAGGCAUACCGUACACAACAGCAACUGAAGGAACACCGUUACAUCCACACCGGUGAGCGACCACAUAAAUGUAAGGUCUGCGAGAUGGCUUUCCGUAGCCAGGAUGUACUUAGGAAUCACAUGGCUCUUCAUAGUGAAUUUAAGAAGUUUAUGUGCCACACAUGUGGUAAAACAUUCCGUCAACAAUCAUGUCUUAUAACUCACCAGCACACACAUUCCAGUGAACCGACACAUGUGUGCAACGUGUGUGGACAAGGUUGUAAGUCCUCUGGUGCCCUUAAUUCUCACUACGUGUCAUUCCACCUUAAACCUGAGGAUGUUGCAUCCUACAAAUGGUCGGUGCAUGUGUGUGAGGUGUGUAAUAAGAUGUUCGGGGAGAAACAGGACCACGAACGACACAUGCGUACUCAUACUGGGGAGAAACCAUAUAGUUGUGAAAUUUGUGAGAAAACUUUCGCAGAUAAGAGCAAUCUGCGUUCACACAUCAGAAAUCACAAUGGAGACCGGUCUAAAAAAUGUCAAAUUUGUGGCAAGGGUUUCAUGUUUAACAGAGACUUGAAGAAGCACAUGGUGUCACACAAUAACAAGGCACGAGUACCUAUGUUAGAUAAUGUAACGGUACAGACAGCACUACAAGACUCUAUUGUGCCUGCAGUUGACAACAUUGUAACAGUCAUCACUCAAACAGACACUCUGCCUCCUGUCACACACAACCAGCUGGUCCCUCCAGUAUCAGAAUCAUAUGAGAUGGUGACCACAUCACUACCACUUGACAGUAACCUAACAGCUAACUUACCACCCAUGAAUACAGAGAACAUCAGUGCUGUAUCUCUAAUGCAGGAAGCUACCAUGGUUCAUAUGGGAGUUUAUAGUAACACUGGGGACCUGACAUGGCACUCCCUGUAGUUUUAUGUACCAAGGUGGUAUGAAAUGACAGGAGACCUGACAUGGCACUCCCUGUAGUUUUAUGUAACAAGGUAGUAUGUAGUGACACAGGAGACCUGACAUGGCACUCCCUGUAGUUUUAUGUACCAAGGUGGUAUGUAGUGACACAGGAGACCUGACAUGGCACUCCCUGUAGUUUUAUGUAACAAGGUGGUAUGUAGUGACAGGAGACCUGACAUGGCACUCCCUGUAGUUUUAUGUACCAAGGUGGUAUGUAGUGACACAGGAGACCUGACAUGGCACUCCCUGUAGUUUUAUGUACCAAGGUGGUAUGUAGUGACACAGGAGACCUGACAUGGCACUCCCUGUAGUUUUAUGUACCAAGGUGGUAUGUAGUGACAGGAGACCUGACAUGGCACUCCCUGUAGUUUUAUGUAACAAGGUGGUAUGUAGUGACACAGGAGACCUGACAUGGCACUCCCUGCAGUUUUAUGUACCUAGACAGGAUAAUGUAACACAGGAGAUCUGACAUGGCACUCCCUUAAGUUUUAUAUAUCAGUUUGGUAUAUAGUAAUACUGGAGAUCUGACAUGGCACUCCCUGAAGUUUUAUAUAUCAGUGUGGUAUAUAGAAAUACUGGUGAUCUGACAUGGCCCUCCCUGUAAUUUCAUAUGCCAGGGUGGUAUAUAGUAGUACUGGAGAUAUGACAUGGCACUCCCUGUAAUUUCAUAUGCCAGGGUGGUAUAUAGUAAUACUGGAGAUAUGACAUGGCACUCCCUGUAAUUUCAUAUGCCAGGGUGGUAUAUAGUAAUACUGGAUGUAGCAAGUUGUUAUAUUUUGUUAUAUUUAUCAGUUCUAUGUAAAGAACUUGAACAUUUGCUAGAAAUCCAUGAUUAGGUAUUGAUUUAUUGAUUAUAAACAGAAGGUUUUUUCAAUAUAUAUCUUUAUGUUUAAUCA